AUGCUGAAGCCGCGGGACCUCGGUCCGGGGGCGGCCACGCGGACCUUCCUGGAGGCGAUGCGGGCGGGCCGGCUGCACCUGGGCCGCUUCGUGCUGGACGCCCUGGACGGGAGCAUCGUGGACUGCCGGGCGGAGCGGGGCCGCACGCCGCUCAUGUUCGCCGUGGCACUGCAGGACCCGGCGUGGCGCUUGGCCUUCGCGCGGAUGCUGCUGGAGCGCGGCGCCGCCGUCAAUCUGCGCGACGACGCCGGGCGCAGCGCCCUCAGCCUGGCCUGCGAGCGCGGCCACCUGGACGCCACCCAGCUGCUGGUGCAGUUCGGCGCCGACCCGGACGCCGUGGACGCGCGAGGCUGGAGCCCGCUCAUGUACGCCGCCUCGGCCGGCCGCACCGCCGUGGUCGAGUGGCUCCUGCGCGCCUUCCGACGCCUCGGGCAGCUGUGCCUGGAGCGCGCCGAGCCUCUCACGAUGCACCCUGGCUUGCUGGAAAGACCUAUAUUACUCCUUCAGCUACUGCCUAGUGAGAAGGCCUGCAUGGGGCCCACGCGGUGGGCACGGCCAGUGCGUGCGGGCGCUGCGAGCCGCCGGCGCCUUGAUCCACAUCCUGCCGGAGGAGCCGGUCCUCAGCACUGCAGCCGGCGCCACUUCCUCGGUGCACGUGGCGGGUGGCUGACGGCGCUCAGAGGAGGAGGCCGAGGCGACGCAGCGGCGGCGGCUGCCCCAGGAUUCGGCGCCGAGCAAGCCGCCCUCAGAAUGACGAUGCUGCCCAGGACCCUGACAGUCAGGGGGCACGGGCAGGGCUGCGAGGCCGAGCGAGGCUCGGAGAGGCGACCGAGGGAACGAGAAGGAAGCCCUGGCAGCCGGCGCUGGUUGGCCCAGUUAAGAGACGGGCAGCUUUAG